AAUAUGACAAUGACGCUGAAAUAUCUCAAGCCAUGGGAACAUGCGAAGUGUCAUCUUCUGGAAGUUCUGUAUAUAUUGAGUCACAUACCAAAGAUAACUUUGCCAAGAUUCAAAAGUUAUUGCAAAUUGCAACUGAUGCAGUAAGAAUCUGCUUUGAUAAAUUCUUCCCUAAAGAGGAUUUAGAAAAGACUUUGAAAGAAAAUGAAACAUUCAUGAGAAGUGGACAAUUUCGAUUCCAACCACCCCAACUGGAGAUCCUUUUCUCUCCUCAAGGAGGAUCCAACACUGGUGUAUCAUCUUUAUCUAUGGACGUUACUAUCAUGUAUAAAUUAUUAAGGAAUUUCUCUGACAUCGCUCCUCCUAGAAAUGGAUGGGGAAAGGAACCUAAAGUGGAGCACAUUACAGAAAGUGACGACAUAGAGAGGAUCAGAUUAUAUAGAAAUAAGUACUCUCAUGAUGCUGGAAGUAAUCACGUCAUGAAGGAUGAUGUUUUCAACGUAAUCUGGACUGACCUCUCCCAGGCUAUACUAAGACUGAGUGGUGAUGUUCUGAAGAGAAGAAUAAGUGCAAUAUAACAGAGUGGAUAUCUUAGAUUAGGGGAGAAAAAAAUAACAUUUAUUGAUAUUCAAAGUUUCUAAAGAAAAAAAAAAGAUGUCAUCGUGAUUAUUUUCAGUCACUUCCACUGUAAAAUUAAAGAAUAAAUGAAAGCAGUUGUUCAGUCAAGAUAAACUUAAAAGCAAAUUUCAUAUUCUGGUUGGCCCUGAAGUAUUCCAUAUCUAUAUUUAAUGCAACUUGAUGCGUUUUUGUUCGUUACUGCAUCUCUAAUCAUCGUAAUGUAAUCGAUAGAUACCAUUUCGAUUACUUUCAUUUCUUCCGAGUUAUUAAUAUUUUUAAUUAAUUUACAUUGAAAACAGUCAACGUAUUUAUGCAGUGAUAACCUACGUAAUUUCUCUAAAUAUAACAUUGUUUAUUGAUGAAGUCUAGUUCAAACACUUCAUAAAUAUUUUUGAUCCAGGCGAUACAUAUCCUUAUUGUAUAAAAAGCUGUACAUUUUUUUUUUAAAAUUAUACUUUACCACUUCGAAUUGCUGCUUCUUAUUUCAUUAGUACAUGUCCAAUGGCUGUAAGUUUUGCCUACAACAUAUAGAUAAAUAUUCAUUUUUAUUCUCCAGUCAAUACUUAAAUUAAUACUUCAGUGUAAUGCGUAAGAUAACUGUACUAUAUGAAUGUCAUUACUGUAGAAAAAUAUUGUCCUUACUAUUUUGGAAAGAUUAUUGAUAAUUUUUGUUAUUACUCUUAGGUCAGUAUAUCCUAAAACCUUGAAAAUAAGACGGAUUUAAUAAUAAGCCAGUUUUGAAAAUUAACCGCCUUUUUUAUUGCAUUGAAAAUUACUCGAAAAAAGUGAGCUUUGAGCAAUGGCGACUGCUAGACGUACCACAGCUCCAAGAGAAAGUUUGAACAGAGAAUUUAAGCUUAGGGGUAAGCUUUAAAAUAAAGGAAAAAACGUUUUCCUAAAUGGCUUUAUCAAGACUGGUCUAUUUUAUUAUCAUUUCUUACCUGGACUUCAAAAAUAUAGUUAUCAAAGACUUAUAUCAACCCAAAAAUAUACAGAACAAUCCAUAUAUUGGUUAUUUUUCGUGUAUGUUAACAUCACAACUUGAAUUUAUCCGCCAUUUUUACUGACCUUGAUACAGAUAGAUUGUACUUUCAAUUGGGACAACAAAUUAGAAAUUAGUUCUAAAGGAGUGGAUCUUUUAGGAAUUCCCUUAUUUAAUCAAUUAUCAAUUAUGAUUUAUAAUACAAUAUCUGAACAUGGAUAAAUGUAUUGUACUAAUUAAUAUUAAACUUAAAACAUAUACCCUCAUUGUGUUACACUAUUAAAAUGUAUUUAUAAUUCAAAAAACGUAUAUAUUAAAAACCUAACUGCAAAAACUUUUCUGCAUUAUCACGUUUGAAAUGACAACAAAUGUGAAACGAAAUACAGGGUUGGAAUUAAUGCAUUAUAUACUCUUGUUUCUCUUUUUUCCCAUGUAUACCGUGUAAAAAAGCAAAGAUUUAUAUUUUUUAUAUACGAAUGAGUGUAGUGCGAAAGUUGGUGUGUAUAAGCUCUAUUUGUACAAAUUUAGUAAAAUUUACUAAAAUGUAAAUGAACUGAGAGCACGGAA